ACUGCCUUCACCACCUUCACCUCCCUCCAACUCUCCCCACCCCGACGCCAUCUUUCACCCGCUCGCCCCUCCAGUUCCCCAGCCUCCGUCUCUAUAUACCGCACUCGGGUCCCUUUCAGUCUCUGCGCCUGUUCGGCCCCGUAUAUACCGCGUUCGUGUGCGAGUCCCAACUCACUCUGGCCACCUAAGGCCCCUUUCACUUGUUGCGCCUGCGGCAUUCGCCCCCUGGACGGGCAGUCACCAGUUCUCUGCUGGAAGUGUCCGUGACCAGCGUCACUUCCCCAGCUGCGUGUGUUAUAGAGUCCCUGGUAUCUAAGGCAACCGCCGGCCAUUCACCAUGGCAGAUGAUCUGGACGCAGAGCUCCUCGCUCUCGCGGGGGAUUCCUCCGACGAGGAGGCAUCUCCCCCCGCCAAAGAGAGACUGGACUCCCCCAUCCGGUCUUCAUCACCCCAGUCACCAGAGCCGUCAUCGACGAUGGGUCGCAAAGGCACCGCUAAGCCCGUGAAGCGGGGCCGGAAGUCGCGAAGGACCGAGGAGGAUGGAGAACUCUCCGGUGCCGAAUCCCUCGACUCUGCCAGCAUGUCGGAAUCUGACUCUGGUUCUGACUCUGAAGGCUCUGCUCCCGAGGCUGAAGACGAAGGUCCCAUCUUUCCCUACGACAAGCUCUACUACUCCAGCAAGGAUAAAGAAGAGAUCAUGGCGUUGCCCGAGAUCCAACGAGAGCAGCUCCUCUCGGAGCGUGCGCAGCAGGUGGAUCGCCACAACCAGGAUCUCGCUCUUCGUCGUCUGCUGGCGUCUCGUGAACGCGAGGAGGCUCGCAAGGCGAAGAAAAACAAGCGAAAGGCUAGCGCGGCCAAUCUGGACGAGGGCAACCGGAAGAGUUCGAGACAGAAGAUGACGCUGGGUGGCCGUAAGGUCGGAGAGACAUCUGAUGCCAUCGAGGCUUACAAGCGACAGCGAGAGCAGAAGGGCAAGCGGGAUGAGCUCCGUCGCCGCGAACCGACCGUCAAGGAGAAGGCCCGCUCCCGAGAUGACCGGAUCUCCGACGAUGACGCAGAAGGCGACAGCGAGGUUGAGUGGGAUGAUCGUGAACGCUCUCCGUCCCUUCCCAAGGACGAUCCGCCUGCCGAGCUCCGGGAUAUCCAGCGUACUCGUGUGGGCCGGAGCAAUUUCGCCCAAGUGUGCUUCUAUCCUGGAUUCGAUGAGGCGAUCUCUGGCUGCUAUGCCCGUGUGAACAUCGGCCCCAACAGAGAGACUGGCCAAAAUGAGUACCGUCUUUGCCUGGUCAAGAGAUUCACCGAGGGCCGCGCAUAUGCCAUGGAGGGACAGAAUGGCCGGUCGUUUUCCACCAACCAGUAUGCUGUGCUUGCACACGGCAAGGCGGAGCGCGAAUUCCCCUUCGUCGCUUGCUCCGAUUCCCCGUUCACAGAUGCCGAGUUCCACCGGUACCGUCAAACGAUGGCAGUGGAAGACUGCAAGAUGGCCACGAAGUCGGUGGUCGCCAACAAAGUGACGGACAUCAACCGGCUGCUAAACCACAAGUUCACCAACGACGAGCUGAACGAGAAGCUGCGCAAGCAGGGGUCCCUGGACACGAAGUCGCAGGUCUUCAAGCGCAUGGAGACGGAGAAGCAGCUGAAGCUAGCUCGAGCGGCAGGCGAUGAUGCCGAGGUGGAAAGACUAGAAGCCGAAAUCGCCAGCCGGGCGCGGUCCAGAAUUGCCCUUGGCAACCACUCCAAGCCUCGUGCGGACAAACCGUCCGAGCACGAGCGUCUCGCGGAACUGAACCUGCGCAAUCAGAAACUCAACUACGAGAACGUGCGCCGUGCCCAGCUGGAAGAACGUAAGGCCAGCCGCAAAGCCGCCGCUGCCGUUGCUCGCGGCGAAGCCACCGUCAACCCGUUCAUGCGCGUCCGAACCCAAGCUCGAACCCACUACGACGUCAACAACGGCAAUGGUUCGACCCCGAAGACCGAGGAUGCCGCCAGCCGCGAGAACACCGCCUCCGAAGCCGCAUCCAAGGCUAGCACUCCUGCCGCCACCCCGAUUGCCACGAAGAAGGCUAGCAAGGGCGGCAUUGCAAUGAUCCGUCACCGCAACAUGGAUGACGAGAACAUCGCCGCGUUGGAUCUAGAUAUUGACAUUGAGAUCUAGCCACCAUUCUGUACACUGGGUUGUAGUUGACGUCACAUCCGGUCACCAAUUCUACUACCUGAGACGGAGAGUCAGAGGCGAGAUGGCAUUGACUGCGUGGAAAGCAUUUGAUACAGCGUCGGUUUGUAAUUCUUAUGGGAUGGUGUUCUGGCGCAAGGAGACGAGACAAGACAACACACACACACACACACACACACACACAUCAUGGGCGCUGUAUUAUAAGAAACAAGCAGUUUUUCUAUGCUCUUUAGUGUAAAUGAUGAUUUCU